ACGGCGCAUCUGGGCAGCAUAUAUGUAAGACGACAAGAAAAAGGGCUAACAAUUGGGUUAAAUCAUGAAAUGGAAUAAGAAUUAUCAUUAUGUAUUGAACCCUAAAUUAUGGAAAUAUGAAACACCAUGAUUUCCAUCCAAUUAACGAGCAUAACAUGAGUUUCAUAUUGGGAUUAAAAAAUUAUGUAAGCAAAGCAAUGAACCACCAACCAAAAGUGACCAACCUUGACAAAAGAGGAGCAGGCCAUUGCUGGCUGCAUGUGCUGCCAAAGAAGUGGGUUGGUAAUGGUAAUCGUAAGAGAAAGAGCAAAAAAGGGCAGGCGGCGGCAGCACAGUAGCCAGCCGGUCACUGAAUUCCACUUCCGUCAGUCAAAAAUGGUGUCCCGACUCCCAACUUAUUAUUAGCUAAGCGUAGUGGUGGUGUGUGAGCCCACGGCAGUCGCCGGUCGGAAUCGGACGACCCUGCACGCCAAGCCAAUGUAGAAUCGGUAGACCACACAUUUUGCUGGCUGCACGAUGUCUAUGUUCAUUCAUUUUAUUUCUAAAAAGUACUCCGCACUUUGUCACCAGGUUAACCGUUACUUCUGUUUUACCGGGAAGGGGAGCGGAUCAGGUCAGUAACUUUAUGGUCAGUAACCAUGAGUAAUAUGUCCACAUCAUCAUGACAUCAGUAUCCUCUCUCUCCUAAAAAGUCUUUUUAUUUUUUCCCUUUAAUCUUUAACGAAUGAUUUCUCUAAUAUUUUAAGUCGAAAUUCAACAUUUUUUGCACAGAUAAAUCAGAUUAAAUGUGCUCUUUAAAAUGAUAUCCACUUUGAUAUAUUUUUAGUACAAAAUAAUUGAAUAAUUUUUUACCAGUCAUUACCAUAUGGCAUGCUCCAAUUUAAUACCAUAUGGUAAGAAAUGGUACCAUGAUGGUAUGAACAUACCAAUAUGGUAAGAAAGUUGAAUAUAUGAUAGUAGGAGUAUAUUAACUGUCAUUUACGACUUUCAUCAUUGUUUACUACAAGUUACCACGCACAUACCAUAGUGGUAAAGUAUGGUAAUUUUUUAUCUAGUAUUUUUUUUACCCAGAAAUUUAUAGAUCCAAUAGAUCAUGAUGAACUCGUUCCAUCUGAACAAACGUUUUCAAAAACGACUUAAAAACGAAGAAGUUACCAUAUGGUAUGUAGUUGGUAAAAAAAGGUUUCUCGAAAUAUAUUGAAAAUUGAUAUCAUUUUGUAGAGCACAACGAACUCGUUCCAUCUGUGCAAAAUUGAAAUCCGAGUUAGAACGAAGAAGAUAAGAACCAAUUAAGAAAACUAUGAAAAAUAAAAUGUCUUUAAUUGACAAUCCUUAAAUUUGAAUUUACUGGACCCACUUAAAUCUAAAGGUUCGGAUUUAUUUAGUCAUUGGAAAAUAAUUCUCUGCAACAAAUUUUGUCGAGCAGUGAGCCAGCAAAGAUGGGUUUAAUUUGUUCUGCCUACUGCAGCUUUGUGUGGCAGACAUAACGUGCAAAAAAAAAAAAAAAAAGAAAGGAACGCAAAAACAGACUUACAAAAAACCCACCUUAGAUGAUAGAAAUCCAUUGAUUAAAUAAUACCCAAAAUUCCAAUCCAAUACAAAGUGUUAAAGACCACCAAAAGAAAGAAAAGAAAAGAAAACAAGUCAAUACUUGCCAACUGAUCAUCACAAACUUAACCCACCACCAGCCUCUCUCCACUAUAAAAAAGCCCAUCAUCCACCAAGCACACUUACAAACCCAAACCCAAACACACUCAUCACACUUCCCCUUCUUCAACUCAUCUUCUCCCUUUCAAAAUGAAGGCAAGAAGCUAUACUGCCAUCUUCUUCAUCCUCCUCAUCAUCUCCAUCUCCUCUUCUUAUGCAAAGAUGAGGAAAGAAUACAAGCCAUGCAAAGAGCUGGUCCUCUUCUUCCACGACAUCAUCUACAACGGCCACAACAAGGCCAACGCCACGUCGGCCAUCGUGGCGGCACCCGAGGGCGCCAACCGGACCAUCCUGGCCGGCGAGUUCCACUUCGGAAACGUCGCCGUUUUCGACGACCCCAUCACCCUCGACAACAACCUCCACUCGCCGCCCGUGGGCCGGGCCCAGGGGAUGUACCUGUACGACACCAAGAACACGUACACGGCCUGGCUCGGGUUCAGCUUCAGCCUCAACAGCACCGACCACCAGGGGAGCAUUAAUUUUGUCGGUGCCGACCCGCUGAUGAACAAGACGAGGGAUAUUUCGAUCGUCGGCGGGACGGGGGAUUUCUUCAUGCACAGAGGUGUCGCCACCGUGAUGACGGAUGCGUAUGAAGGGGAAGUCUACUUUAGGCUGAGAGUGGAUAUGAAGUUCUAUGAGUGCUGGUGAUGAUGAUUCUCUGUUUUUUAUUUGGGUUGGUGUGGUGGUGUGGGGUUGUUUUGUCUUGGUUUUUGGUUUUGGUUUUGGUCUUUUUUCUGAAUUGAUGUUUCUGUAGUACUGUCAUUGAGGUGGUGACACAUUUUAUGUCAUAAGAUUCCAGAAUAAAUGAAAGCAACCGAUUUUGUGUACUUUGCUUACUUAAUUAGUUGGUUCAGCUUUCUGCUACCAACCUUUCAUGCAAUCCGUUGCCACUAAACAGUAUAACAUCCCAUCCCAAAUAUUGUCGGUUUUUUAAUUAAUCUAUUUUCUCGUAGUUUUGCUUUUGAAAUGAAUCAUGAUAAAUUUUCUAGAGGUCAUUAUUUUUUAACACGUUUAAUUUCAAGUUCCCGCAAGAAAUCCUUCAUUUUACUCCAAAAUACGUGUUAUUAUCAAUUAAAAAUUGAUAUUCCUUAUAAAUUAUAUAUAUCCUACGUGAUUGAUCGAUAUGAAAUUUAUUAAACACACACAACACAUAAACAUUGACUCAAACGAAAAAACCCAAGAAGCAACAAAAAAAGGCCUAGAUUUGGAUAUGAUUGCCAUAACACGGCGCUAAGAAUUGGAACUUGUGACUCAUUUAGCUUAUAGUUAAGCAUUUUUUAAACGUUGAUAUACUUCCGUGCAGUUUUCCAUUCGUACAUAGACUUGUUGAUUAAUAUAUUCUUAUUUUUAUACAAAAAAAAAAAUUGUCCAAGAGGAGAAAGAUAACCUAAACAAUAAAACAUGGUGCUUGGUGAGCCAAGACACCACUACAACCGCAAGCAGUGGAAACGAGUAAAAAGAACAAAUAUAUUGCACAGGAGGGGAAAUGUAGAAGAAAAGGAGGGAGGGAACUGGGAAGAAGUAGUAGAACUCGUUUAAUUCAAGUUUUAGAUACAUGGUUAAUUAAUCUUUUCGUCUCAAAAAAAAAAAAAUUUUUGAGAGAUUUUCGUCUCAAAAUUGAUUGAUUGAUAACAAGAUUUUCUAUACAUACAGACAAAAGUCAACCCACCAGAAAAAAAAGUUGUUAAACUAAUUAAACAUAAUGGUGGGGAAAAGUUACCACCUAAAUCAUAUUUCCUCGGCCCUCUUUUCCACCACACCACUCCCUCCAGUUCCACAGUCUCUACCAUAUGUUUAUUCUUCUUCUUCAUCAUCUUCUUUUGUUUCUGUUUUUGUAACGGUGAGCAUUUUAUUCAAACACACAAACCAAAAAUUUCAAGAAAAGAUUCUACAUGCGAGGCCAAACCAUAAAACCCCAUACGGAUCCCUGACUUGAUACAUGAGUUGGUUAAACAGAAGAAGAAGAAAGAGAACUUGGUCACUACGGGAAAGUGCUGUGUUAGUCAUAUAAUGACAAUUUUUUUUGUUGCUUAUUAGAUAGUUUACGCAUCUGAAAUUAUUUUUAUAUGUUGCAUUUGUUUUAUAUACGCAACAGAAGUUAUUUAUAUGAUGAUCAGUAAAUUGUAUGGAUGUAGCUAAGAAGUCAUUUGUCAUCAUAUCUAUUCAAUAUUCACAGAGCCCCUAUUGUCACCAUAGCAAAAUUGCCUAGUUAGACAAAGAGAAGCUUAGGUAUCUGACAAAUUAGUGGGAUGCUUUCAAUUAUCUCAACUAUUGAGUUCAUCUAGUGAACGAAAGUUUCACGUCAUAAAGUGUUAAUCGAUGUCAUCCGAUAAAAUAAAUGAAAAUCA